AUGUCGACAAAUGUAGUGUUACACUUGCGAACCGAGUCUGCUCCCCUAGGCCACAUUGCCGUUCUUACCCCGGACUACACGCGCCAACUCAUCGAGGCUGGCGUGACUGUUCAUGUUGAAAGAAGUAAAGACCGCUGCUAUGCUGAUGUGGACUAUGAAGCUGCCGGCGCAAAGCUGGUUCCCCAAGGCUCAUGGCCGGAAGCUCCCAUCGACCACAUCAUUGUCGGUACUAAAGAGCCUGAAGGCCUGCAGGACAAGACUGCACUGAAGCACACGCACAUAUACUCAGGAUACUAUUACAAGCAGCAGAGAAGCGCUAUUCUUGGCCUCCAGCGCUAUCAAAGAGGCGGUGGUACUUUCAUCGAUGUGGGCGCAACCAAACACUUACUUGGCAAUAAGACCGACAUCUUCGGUCGUUUCAGUGGCAUUGGCAGCUUCGCUGCUGCGUUGAAGACUUUGCGACACGUUCUUGAGCAUCCCGAGGGCAAAACCCCAAUGCCUCGCGUCAAGAUCCAUGAAUCUCUUGAGUCACUUAUUCAGGAGGGCAGGAAAAACGUUGAAAAGUGCGUCGAAAUCCUUGGGCGGUACCCUGUCGUUACCAUUGUCGGUGCAGCAGGGCGAGCAGGCUCAGGAUGCCUCGAGUUUUGUCGGAAAUCUGGAAUUCCCGAAAGCAACAUCAACAAAUGGUCUCGGAAGGAGACGUCACAGCCAGGGCCUUACCAUGGGCUGCUUCAGAGCGAUGUCGUAGUGAACUGUCUCUACACGAACCGGCGCAUCAGUCCUUUGAUCGACCACGAAUCUUUGAAGUUGCCACGGAAGCUCGCGGUCUUUGUCGACGUAUCAUGCGAUUAUCAAGGUCCUUACCAUGCCGUGCCGAUCUAUUGGGAGCCUUCCCAUUUCGACAACCUCGCCAUGCCUGUCGCGGUGCCGUCAGGUCCUCCUUUGACAGCCGUAGCUUGCAACUACUAUGCUGCAAUGGUUCCUAAGGAAACGAGCGACUAUGCUGCCAGGGCUUUGAUGCCAUAUUUUUUGUCUUUGCCUGAUUGGAAACGUGCCGAGGAGCUACGCAAACUUGAGCGACUAUUUGUUGCCAAGUGUGAGUCGAUACCCCGGGCGACUCAGCCAUCAAAACUAUAG